AUGACAUCACUGAACUCUCUUGUUUACGACUUUCCAGUUGUAGCUGAAAAGAUGGACGAUGUAGUCACAUUGACAAAAAUGUACAUUACAUAUUUCAAAGACAGGGCCGCUCUUGAAAACGUGUAUGGUAAGGGAAUUAACUACCAAGGCUCUGCCCCAGUCAAGUCAGGGAUAUUUCACAGCAGAUCAAACCCAAUUGAAAAAACAGACCCUUCACUGAAAGAGGUUUUGAACAAAUUGAACGAACAUUCAAUUAACAUUGGAAGAGCACACUUAAACACCUCUGCUUUAAUCACAAACGAAAUCAUCAAGCCCAUGGAAGUUAUGGUGAAGAAUCUCGAGACAGGCAAGAAGAAGUUGGUCAGAGACGCUCUGAAGGAAAUCAAUUAUCACAAGGCACAAUCUGCUUCUGCAGCCAAGUUAAAUGCAAACUACCUCAAAAUGAUGACAGAGUAUAGAGCAAGUGUUGAAUUGGAAACUGUUCUUACUGGUCAACAGAAGCAGAAACAACAUACAAGAGUUGUCAGAAACGCAGCGAAAGUGAAGAAAAUCCGAAGUGACUUGAAGGCAUGUCUUGAUAAGGUAGAGAAUUUACGAGUGGAAAUCUACGAAUUCAAAAUACCUCAAAUCCUUAAAAUAUGCAACCAGUUGAUUUCUAACCAUUACGACUCUUUUAAGGAAGCUGUCAGCUGCUACAUUGCAUCGUGUGGAGAUUUGUGCAAGAUCAGAGUGGAAGCUGUCGAAGCAAUGAACAAAUGCAUUGAAAAUCUGUCUUUCCCAAAAGACUUGGAAAUGUUUGCCACUCACAAUUGCAAGAUGACUCCAAUUGAGACAAUUUCAAUGGUAUUUACUGAUGACCUUCCUGACGAUUUGAAAGAAACUGCUGAUAAAGAAGAAGUCAUUGAUUUAAAAACGAAGGAAGAAAAAGACAUGAAGGACAAAGAUGAAAAGGUUAACAUGGAAAAAGCACAAUUGGUGUUUGAAGAAUCUUUGUCUCAAGCCGAUAUGGAUGAAGAGUUUGCUUUUAUUGCUUUGAGAAGAAUGAUUGGAGGAGAAGAAGUCUGUUUGGAAUGCCCACAAAAGGAAAAGAGCAAGGAAGACGUCAAAGAGAUAAUUAAAGAUAUUAUGAAAGAGCCAUCAAAUGUUGUGGAAACUAAAAUGGAUGACAAAGAUGAGCCAAAGUACUCAGACGAAGAAGCGUAUUAA